AUUCUUCUUUUUUUGAGUUUAGUUGGUUGUUGACUGUCAUUAAUUGUGGCAAUUUCAAAUGAUUACAAAUUUUGAUUUGUCGGAGAAAAGUUUGGGUUACUGAAUUAGGGUUUAUGUUUCGCGCCUUUUUCUUUUUUAGAUACUAUAUGAUUUGGAUGAUCGGAGCAGAUCUAUAGGGUUGUGAGUUGGAUGAGGAGGUGGCUGGUUUAGUUGUUGAAUUCUCGGAUGAUCGGGAGGGAUUAGACGGAGAGUACGAGAGUAGAAUAUGUUGAGAGAUGAGGCUUUGUUAUAGGAGAGAUGGGGUGUGUGCUUGGAAGAGAGGUUUCGUCCGUGGUAGGUUCGGAUGUGAGGGAGAAAGAGAAGGAGGUUGAUAGGGAGAAGGAAAGGACCUUGUCUGUUCCAUCUGGGAGGAAAUUGCAGGUCUCAGUGUCAACGAUCGAGACCACUGAGGUUCAGAAUGGGGAGAAUCAGAAAGAGGAGAAUCAGGAUGGGAGUCAACGAUCACGUGGGGAGAGGAGAAGGUCGAAGCAGAAUCCGAGACUGAGUAACCCACCAAAGAAUGUACAUGGGGAGCAGGUCGCUGCUGGGUGGCCUUCUUGGCUCUCUGCUGUUGCUGGUGAGGCGAUCAAUGGUUGGACUCCUCGUCGGGCUGACACCUUCGAAAAGCUCGAUAAGAUUGGGCAAGGAACUUACAGCAAUGUAUACAAAGCUAGAGAUACUUUGACCGGGAAAAUUGUUGCCCUGAAGAAGGUCCGGUUCGACAAUUUGGAGCCUGAAAGUGUGAAGUUUAUGGCUAGAGAAAUUCUAAUCCUACGGCGACUUGAUCAUCCUAAUGUUGUGAAGUUGGAGGGUUUGGUGACAUCAAGAAUGUCAUGUAGUUUGUACCUUGUAUUUGAAUACAUGGAGCAUGAUUUGGCUGGACUCGCUGCAAGCCCAGGAAUCAAGUUUACAGAAUCUCAGGUGAAAUGUUAUAUGCACCAGCUACUGUCAGGACUUGAGCACUGUCACAAUGGUGGUGUAUUACACCGUGACAUUAAAGGGUCUAAUCUCCUUAUUGACAAUGAAGGAACACUUAAAAUUGCUGAUUUUGGGUUGGCAUCGUUCUUUGAUCCCAACCGCAAGCAACCAAUGACUAGUCGGGUUGUCACGCUUUGGUAUCGGCCGCCUGAACUUCUUCUAGGGGCUACUGAUUAUGGUGUAGGUAUAGAUCUCUGGAGUGCAGGCUGCAUCCUAGCUGAGCUCUUGGCAGGGAAGCCCAUAAUGCCAGGGCGUACAGAGGUCGAGCAACUGCACAAAAUUUUCAAGCUAUGUGGCUCUCCAUCUGAGGAGUAUUGGAAAAAGUCAAAGUUGCCCCAUGCAACCAUAUUUAAGCCCCAACAACCAUACAAGAGAUGCAUAGCAGAGACUUUUAAGGAUUUUCCACCAUCUUCGCUGCCAUUAAUUGAAACUCUUCUUGCUAUUGAUCCGGUUGAACGUUUGACUGCUACGGAUGCAUUGAAUAGUGAGUUCUUCACAACCAAACCUUAUGCAUGUGAGCCUUCAAGCCUUCCAAAAUAUCCUCCAAGCAAGGAGAUGGAUGCUAAACUACGGGAUGAAGAAGCAAGAAGGCUGAGAGCUGCUGGCAGAGCCAAUGGUGAUGGUGUGAAGAAAACUCGUGCACGUGAUAGAGCUGUAAGAGCAUAUCCUGCUCCGGAAGCCAAUGCUGAGCUUCAAGCCAAUCUUGAUAGGCGGCGUCUCAUUUCACAUGCAAAUGCUAAGAGCAAGAGUGAGAAGUUUCCUCCACCCCACCAGGAUGGAGCACUUGGCUUUCCUUUGGGUACUUCACAUCACAUUGAUUCUUCCUUCGAUCCCCCUGAUGUUCCAUUCAGUUCCACGGCACUAUCAUAUUCGAAAGGGCCGAUCCAGACUUGGUCUGGUCCGUUGGUGGAUCCUGCUGCUGUUGGUGCUCCAAGGCGUAAAAAGCACGGUGCUACUGAUGCCCGUGCAUCAAUUCACCCAUCAAAAGCACACAAAGACAAGCGUGGUGGUGUUCGUGUCAAAGCGUAGAAAGCAUUGCAUAAAGAUUUGCCUGACUGUCCAAGCAUUGCAUAAAGAUUUGUCUGAUUGUCCAUGUGCGUGAGACUUGAUUCAUUUGAGUUCUGGUAUAGCUCGAAAGGAUGCUUAUACAUUCUGAUACAGAUCAUAAACCGGCCACAAAACUGGAUAUUAAGGUCGAUGGGGGAGGUAAAGGAUCUUACAUUUUUGUUCCUCUUUCCCAUUUUUUUUCUCUAAUUUUUUGGGUGGGGAAGGGGAGAAAGACCCGGCGGAGAGAGAUAGAGAAACGGCUGGCUUUACUACAGGUCAGAGGAUAAGCUUCCUUAAUUAUGUAUAUUUUUUUUUAUUAAUUCAUACCUUGUGUUAAAAACCGAGUACUGGACCUACUGGUUAGGUUAGUGAAAAUCCAAUAAAUAUGUCAUCAAAACAAAUUCUUGUAAUCUAUUUCCUUUC